UCAUCUUCAUCAAGAACCCAAAAACCCAUCUCUCUCUCUCUCUCUCUCUCGCAUGCAUUGUCAUAGACUGAGUAAAUUUGAGAAGCAUUGGCAAAUUGGGUUUUUUUCGUUUGUUUUGACUUUCAUGGUGACAUGAAAAAUGCCUUACUAUUGUAGAAAACCAUGAUGGCACUACAUCUCUCACAUCUCCUUCCCUCCAUCACCCUAAUUCUUGCACUACUUAACUCUCUUUCUCCAGUUUCUUGCCUUAGUCCUAAGGUGGGUUUGUUUUUUGAAGGAAAAGGAAGGCUUGGUUCAACACCACCAAGUUGUCACAACAAGUGUAACCAGUGCCACCCAUGUAUGGCGGUUCAAGUGCCAACACAACCGAGUCACGACCGAGUCCGGCCAGGUUUCACCAAGACCGAGUUAUUUGACUAUUCUUACGGCGGUGGUGGUGGUGGGCGUUACUCCAAUUACAAGCCUCUUGGUUGGAAAUGUCGCUGCCGUGACCACUUCUACAACCCUUAACAAAUUUUUACCUUAAUUCCAUAUCGAUUUCCUCUGUUUUUUUUUUCUUAAUUUUUUUUGGUUAAUCCCAGAGCAUUAAUCAGUACACAGAAAACCCUUAUAGUGUACAGUACAGGAUUUGUAUUUUUAUGAGCAGAGCAGUCUAUGCUAUUCACGGAUUUGUGGAUUCUUGUGCAUUUUUUUUCUUAUCUUC